AUGACCUACAAGGACGGGCGUCUAGCGUCCCCACUUUCGUCUACACCUUAUAUUACAGUACAGUCCUGUAGUCCCCCAACAGAUCCGCGCUCGGCUGCUCCGCCCGGCCGGACCCACUCGCUCCGGACGCGGUCCGGUCCCCCAGCGGCGCUCGGAGCGCUAGGCUCCCGGGGAUCAGGGCGGGUGUGUUGCCGGAGUCGCCUUCUAUUGGCUCCCCUCCGGGGACGGGCCGCGCUUCCCGGCACCCGAUUGGGCGGAACCGCCCAUUGCAGGCCGCGCUCAUUGGAGGGAGCGGGCUGGGGGCGGGGUAGGGGCGGGGCAGGGGCGGGGCGGGCCCGGGUCCUGACGGAGCGCGCCGGCGGCGGAGCCGAGCGGAGCGGGCGCCCGACCCGGGCUGCGGCCGGCGCGGGCGGCGCGGGCGGCGCGGGCGUCGCAGGGGGGCCGUGCUGGCGGGGGGGCGGCCGCUCCCGGGCAGUGCCGGUUCCCCCGGGGCGGCCGCUCCGGGACGGCGUCUGUCAGCGCUCCUCGUCCUCCUCGGCGGGGCCGCGCACCCGGCGCCGCGGCCCGUCAGCUGUCAGGGGGCGGCGGGCUGCGCGGGACACAAAGAGCGCGCGGGCGGCCGGUGCGGGACGACUGCGCCUCCCGGCCGCGCCCGCCCGCCAACCGGUCCCGACCCGACGGCCCCGCGGCCCCGCGCCCGCCCGGGAGCUCGUCGUCCGCGGCCGCGGGGCCGGGAAAAGUUUGCGGCGCGUCCGCGGGGCGGCCCGACCCGCGGGGACUCCGGGGCGCGUCGUCGGCGGGACCGCGGGGCUGCAGCUGCGCGACCAUCGCGCCCUCCCGAUUCCGAACCGGGCUCGGUUCGCGGUUCUGCCUGGGCCUCAGCGCGCGGGGCCAGAUCACGAAGCGCCGGGCGGGGACCUUGAGGUGCGCCCGGAGCCACCCUUCAGCCCCCCGAGAAGGAACUUGUCGGCCGCAUGUUUUCAGACAUCCAUAUGUGAAGGUGGUCUUCUGUCUGCAAGUCCAUUGUUCUCAGUUAUAUGCUGGAGUGAGUGGAAACAAAGUGGCACGGCUCAGAGAGUGAGCCGCUGGAUUCUACACCCAGAAAGGAAACGUGCGCCAUUUAAGGGAGUUUGGGGACUUCCAAAUCCACCAGCGGAGUACACUACACAGCGAGUAGCACUGAUCACCAUGACAACCAACAAGCGAGAACAACCUGAGGUUCUGAACCUCCCUCUGGAGCUCCUUCCUCUGAAGCCCAAGUGAACAGAAGAACCCGGGGACCCAGGCAUUACUUGAGUUCCUGAAUGGCUACGGGCAACAGGUGUUCAUGUAGGGUGGAAAAGACAAGGAAGAAGCAUCACCCCCUAAAUUAGCGGGGUUGCCUUUUUAGAGGCUUGGGGUUUUCUCUUUCUCUUAUUUGCAAAAAUUGAUUCUGUUUGGUUACUUUAACCCUGUAAAGUUAUUUAAUCACAAAAUUCCUAAACCUUCAUUCAAUAGCUCUUUUCAACUAUUUUAUUUGUUUAUAAUCCUGCCUCAUUCCAUAAAUGGUUAGAGAAAUUACUGUGUAUAUGUUUAACCUUGGCAAAUAUCUAACUUGCAGAAUGAUCUGUACAAUGAAUAUAAUGUAUAGUUUGUUCAUUUCUUAUUUUGAAAUAAUUGUAGACUUUUAAGAAGUUGCAAAAAUAGUAUGGGGUGAUCCUAUAACCUUUCACCCAGUUUCCCCUAAUAGUUACAUCUUAAAAAUUAUAGUGCCCUAUCAAAAUAGAAAACUGACAUUGGUACAAUGCAUGUGUGUAGUUCUCUACCAUUUUAUUACAUGUACAUAGAUUCAUGUAACCACCAAUGCUAUUAAUACACAGACUAUCCCAUCACCACAAACAUCUCUCUCUUUGUGAUCACACCCACCUCCCCUCCCUCUGCCAUCCCUAUAACUCCUGGCAACCAUUAACCUGUUCAUCCUUAUAAUUUUGUCAUUUCAAAGACAUUCUAUAAAGUAUUAUUUUUUAACAUAAAAAGCUUUUUAAUUUAUUUCUCCUGUUACUUAAACCAUUAGAAAUCUGACAGAUCUCAAAUACACCAACAUUAUUAUUCAUAUUCAGCAAUGAUGAUUAGUAUGCAGAUUUGUUUGGGAAUACCAUUUUUGAUCAUUCUUCUAUAACCUACAUACAUAUUAAAUGUUUUAUGUAUUUUAGAGGAUGAAGACUUCCUUGAUGACUCAAACAGCAUCAGCAUUUUCUGUUGGUAAUAGCAACUAGCAAAUAAAGUUUAGGUAAAACUUACACACUGUAUUGGCUCUUUUAAUAGGCCUUUGGUUUAUUAAGUUAUGAGAGG